AUGGCGGGGGGGGAGGGCUCCGCGGGGGCCACGCCGUCGGCGGAUGCUGGCGCCGGGCAGGCAGAUAAUAGCGGAACUGGCAUGGGCCAUUCAGAAGGUGCUGUGACACCUGAAAAGUCGAAAGUCGAGAAUGGGGCUCAGGUGUCUGAUGCCUGUGCUGGGCCCACUCCAAUGUUGGGGACUGACGAGACUGGAAUGGAUCCAAAGAGAAAGCGCGAGGAAGGAUCUGAUGGCAAAGGGUCGGCAGCAGAAAAAGGUCCAAAUGCUGUUGAAGAGCCAGCAAACAAAAAGGGAAAGGUGGAAGUUGACACUGUUGGGCUUGUCUCUCCAAGCCCAAGCACGGGUGAUGGAUCCACCCCCUUUGCUGCCUUUGCUUCCUCAGCAUCACCAUUCCAAGGCAUGGCUUCCGGAACUGACUUUGGGAACUCCAACAUCUUCUCUGCCCCGCCGCUGAACCUGGGAUCAGGGACAGCGCCGGCCUUCAGCUUUGGCACCCAGAUCGCACCCCUGCAGAGUGUUGAAGGUGCUGGCCUGCUUGCGAAAACUCCCAUGGGGGGAGGAGCGGGCAAUCCAUCAGGUUCAGUGACUCUGUCGACAGAUGGGACCGGUGGACAAAGCCUACAGAACAAACCGCUGUUCUCAAGCGGCCCUGCGGCAAAACUGCCGCAGCAGGUGAAGGUGGUCACUGGGGAGGAGGACGAGAGCACCGUGUUUGCUGCAAAGGGCAUCCUCUAUCAGAUGGAUGGUCAGACAUGGAAAGAAACCUGCCGCGGCGAGCUGCGUCUGAACGUGCAGGAGAAAAGGUCAGCACGCUUGGUCAUGCGGCAGAAGGCCACCUUGAAGGUGUGUCUGAAUGCGAACCUGUACGCGCAGAUGCCCGUGAGCAUGAUGGACAGGUCCAGCGGGGUGGUGUUCCACUGCGUCAACUGGGCAGACGAGAAGGACGAGGAGGGAGGGGGUGCAGAGGGCAGCCAAGGGACGGCGUCGAAGGGCAGAGGAGGAUCCCCAAAGGUGUAUGCUGUGCGAUUCGUGGACAAGACGGACUCUGGGGCAGCUCUUGCUGAGAGCUUCAUGCAUCUUGUCAACAUGUACAAGGGCAAGGUGGCUGGCGGUGGCCCAUCAGCGCCCCAGGAGUAG